CGCGUUGCUGGGUAAGAUUACAAAUCAGGGCUAGUCAUUGCAUAUUUAUAGUGUAAACGUAGUUUUAACAUUUGAGACAUGUCAUAUUGUUGAUUAAAGCUCCGCUUGCUGCAGUAAGAGAAAGACUUCUGUUUUUAGAAACUCACCAAAAUGUUCCAGCUUGGAAGCAGACUGGUCCAGUUUCAGUUGACUGCAGAUCCCUCUGAGUAUCGUGUAGAAGAUGACGACACAGAACAGCUAUCGCACAGUUUUAACGGAUUUCUUGAUAAAGUCAGAAACGUUGGCGGACUGAAAAAAGAAGACAUGUUCUGCAACUUGCGGAUUCCUAACCAGCAUAAGAUAGCUAAAGAUGAAAUCAACCUAGUCCUUCUCACAGGCCGUGCUGUGUUCUGCAUUGACAUUAAGUGCUGGAGGGGCAAGGUGUCGGCGCAGAACCAAAAUUGGCAGCUCCAGCAGAAAAAAGAAGACCAAAACUUUACCAACACCUCCAUCCUGCAGGUGGCUGACCCCAUUGAAGCCAUUAUGACCAAAACAAUCAAUCUGUGGAACCACAUGAGACGCAAUGGGGUGUCCGUGCGACAGACGGUCUUCCUGCCCAGGGUGCUCUUUCUCUCACCUGACUGCCAGCUGGAAGAGGGACUGAGGAAGAGGAAGGAGCUGGUGUCUCAUGAGGACUUGGAAGCGUUCCUGCGUUCCUUCAGGGAAGGCUAUGUGGCCUGGUUCUCCGACGCACUGACUCCAUCGUGGUUGACUGGUCACCUGUCGUACCGACAGCUGGGGGAGGUGAAGGAGGUUCUGAAGAAAAUGGGCACCUGGGACCUGGUGAGACUGCACUGCGGUGAGCAGCUGAAGGGAGACUACCACGGCUGCCAGCACAUCGCUCUCAACCGGCAAGAGACGGACAAGCUGGAGUUCUCCAAGCUCAGGGCGCUGUCCGCCGGGUCCCUCUGGGCCCUGCUGGGACACACGCCGCAGGUGACGGUGAAGAUGUACAAGCGCGGCGGGCAGGCGUGGCUGGGGAAGCCCCUGAGCGGCACCGCCACCAUCCCCUCCAGUGCCCACGUGCUGUUCCAGGUCAGCGGCGAGGACUCGGACUCCCGCAUCCCCGCCACCCGCAUCCACACCAUCACCCUCAGCAUAUGACCUCCCCCCCUUCCCCCGACGCGGACGCGCCACGCCCCGGCCCAGAGCCGC